CUCUCUCUUCGAUUCUCAAAAUAACGAACAGAAAUCAAACGAUUCUCCUCUCUUCCCCUUCUAAUCCGAUUCUGCGAUGUAACAUCCGAGUUUCCGGUCGUGACUCAGCCGAGUUUGAGUUCGAUCGGCCGGAGCGAUUAUCUCUGGAAGUUCUGAAACCUUCAAAACUCCCAGUUUUAGGAAAUCAGUUGUCUCUGUCUUUUUCUCUAAUUCAUCGAAUCGAGUUUCCAAUUUGGAUUUGUUUUUUCUGUUUUUGUUCUAUUAAUCUCCGGUUUUGAUUAUUUCAUUUGGGCUGCGUUUGGAUGCGCAAGUGAAUUGAAUUGCAAACUUUCACGAAAUAGCAAAAUUUCAUAAUCAGGAAGUAGCCUUUCAAAUUGCAGUUGCGCAUGUUCUGAAUCCAACUUGAAACUAAUGUGAUCACAAUUUGGAGUACUGGCCGUCUUAUGAACGCUGAGGGAGGUAAUUGCGAUCUGGUUAUUCCUACUAUAUCUGUCUCACUGCAAUUUGAUUAGAUACUGCAUCCAAACGUGCCCUUGGUGUUCGACGGGUGUGGUUUUCAGAAUUCAGUGUGAACUACAGAGUCGUGAUCUUUUAGGAGGUGUAGAUGGUGCUGUUCAAUUGGUUGAUGUCAUUCAUUCUAGAGAGGAGUAUUUUGGGGAAUUUUUAAUUCAAUUAUGCUGGCAACCCACGAGAAUAGAGAGCUAUCAACAGGCAUUAUACCCGAUGAAUAUAAAAGGGUGUCUCAACCUCAUUGUCGUAAAUUACUUUCCCCCCACAUGGGCAGCUUUAGUUGCUGGCGCCUUGGUAGUUCUCACUCUUUCACUAUCACUCUACCUUCUAUUUGAGCACCUUUCAGCCUACAAAAAUCCCGAGGAGCAAAAGUUUCUUAUUGGUGUUAUUUUAAUGGUCCCAUGCUAUUCCGUUGAGUCGUUUGUGUCAUUGGUGAACCCAUCCAUCAGUGUUGAUUGUGAGAUCUUACGGGAUGGCUACGAGGCCUUUGCUAUGUAUUGCUUUGGGAGAUACCUUAUUGCUUGCUUGGGUGGGGAAAAGAGCACAAUCGAUUUUAUGAAGAGUCAGGGUCGCUCAAGUUCUGCGACACCCCUAUUGCAACAUAGUGCUGAGCAGGGAAUAGUAAAGCAUCCUUUCCCAAUGAAUUAUAUCUUAAAACCAUGGAAACUUGGUGAAUGGUUUUACCAAGUAGUGAAGAUUGGAAUUGUUCAAUAUAUGAUAAUAAAGAGUUUUACUGCUCUUUUAGCAGUGGUUCUACAAGCCUUUGGCGUAUACUGUGAAGGAGAAUUUAAGUUGGCGUGUGGAUAUCCUUACAUGGCAGUGGUUCUCAACUUCAGUCAAACAUGGGCUUUGUACUGUCUCGUUCAAUUCUAUACUGCUACAAAGGAUAAAUUGGCGCAUAUAAAACCAUUGGCCAAAUUCCUGGUAUUUAAAUCGAUCGUCUUCUUGACAUGGUGGCAGGGUGUGGCAAUUGCAAUCCUAUAUGCUUUAGGUUUAUUCAAAAGUCCUAUAGCUCAAGGCUUGCAGUUCAAAUCAAGUGUUCAGGACUUCAUCAUUUGUAUAGAGAUGGGUGUUGCUUCUAUCGUUCAUCUUUAUGUUUUCCCUGCAAAGCCAUACGCACUAAUGGGUGACCGCUGUACUGGAAGUGUUUCAGUUCUUGGAGACUAUGCAUCUGUUGACUGCCCUCUUGAUCCUGAUGAGGUCAGGGACAGUGAGCGCCCCACCAAGCUAAGACUUCCUCAGCCAGAUGUCGAUGUAAAAAGUGGAAUGACCAUCAGAGAAAGUGUCCGUGAUGUUGUCUUUGGUGGUGGCGGAUAUAUUGUGGAUGACGUCAAGUUCACGGUAACCCAAGCAGUGGAACCCAUGGAGAAGGGCUUGACACGUUUCAAUGAGAAACUUUACAAGAUCAGAAAGAAGCAUGAGAAGGAGAAGAGAACAUCUUCAUCUCCCACUAGGAGAGUCAUCCGUGGAAUCGACGACCCCCUCUUGAAUGGGAGCUUUAGUGAUAGUGGGGUUCUUAGGGGUAGAAAACACAAUCGCCGGAGAUCGGGGUAUACAAGUGCAGAGAGUGGCGGAGAAAGUAGUGAUCAGAGCCAAGGUGGAUAUGAAAUCCGCGGACAAAGGUGGAUUACUAAGGAUUAGUUGAGAAGGGGAGAUGCUAAAGCCCAUAUAUGAUCAAGCACAUGUGGUACAUGGCCCGCAAUCAAGAAUGGAUGAUUUCCGGGCUCAUUAUUGAGCUUUUUGGGGCCCAUCAGGUAGAGGGUGAAGCUGGCUCCUAAAGCUGUGGCAUUAAUUAGUGACCUUCUUCCAUAGAGCCAAUUGUGUGGUUGAUGGAGCUGUCAUUAUUUCCCUGAUUGUAAGGUCAUGUGGAUUCUUGAUGUCCACCACAGUGAUGAUAUAGUCUUCUCUCAUGUAAAAAUUUGCAGCUGUGUAUUCGACAAUUAAGGACGCGUUUGGAUGCACAAUUGAAUUGAAUUGUGAGCAGCGUUCUGUUUAGCUAACAGGAAAUUACGUGUUUCCUAAUACCCCAACGAUGAUGUGGCCCAAGUGUAGCCCAUUUUGGGUCCAGACCUUCAAUAUGAAUGCGGAGGAAGGAAAUUGCAAUUUCAUUA